GAAGGCCUGCCAAGAGUGGAAACUAAAUUCAGUGCACAUCUCUUUCGGCGCCGUUUGCUAUUAUUACAACACAAGCCAGUAAAUCAUGGAGAAUCCUCACGCUGAACGACAGGCAAUUUUGCUUGAGCGUAUUCUCAAGAACGCUUCAGCGUGCACGGAAAUGAUCCUCGAGCUGAACCACUGCGUGGAGGAAAUACUUCGUGCCAAUGCCUCUGUGAAGAUUGCAGCAGAUUUGGCGACCAAAUACCGCAAAAAUGUCCAGUAUAAUCUAGCAGCGACAAAACACGAGGCUCCAUAAUCAUCCAAGAUCCAUUUCAUCGAGGUUCGUCUAGACAUUGCUCGGUUAGAAAGCAUUUCCGAUGUCCAUAAAAUAGUGACCAUGAGUUGAUGGUAUCAUGUGGGGUGUUCGCGUCGUUCAUAGUUUACACCCGCAAUGUUCACGAGACUCUCAACGUCUUCACUCAACCGCGCAACUAUACGGAGUCGCUGAUAAGAGAAUAGGCUCGGGACCACAGCCAUUCCUAAAAUCUUCUUGCGCUGUCCAAGUCGGUGUUACUGUAGCUUCCUUAUGUGGACAAUGUACUUGAUUCUUCUUAUUGUUGCAUGCACUCUUAUUGU